AUGGCUUCGGAACCAUCUACCUCUGCCAACGGCGGAUCCCUCGCCGCCAUGUUGGAACAACAGCACGCCCGCGACGAGGAAUACAAGCCCACUGUGGAGGAAACCGUGGACGAGGAAGACCUCAAACACCCCCCUCCGACCUCGCUGCAGCCCGAACAGCCCCUCCUCGUUGACGCUGACACCCCCGAGUCUACCACCCUCGCCCAAACCGUUUCCCCAGCGCCCGCCUCCAAGCCCGCCAAAAAGGCCCCGGCAUUCGACGUUCAAUCCGAAGAAUUGUUCCCAGCUUUGGGCAGCGGUCCGAAGCCUGCUGCCCCCGCGGCCGCUACAUGGGGUGCGAAGAAGCCUUCUGCGGCCACUGCUGUUGCAAAUGGCUCGCCUGCGAAGUCAAUGGAGAUCCCCCGUAUAAUGGCCCUCCCCGGAAAGCACAUGGAGCAGCUGCGCCUAGCACCCUCCCAGAUGCAACCCCGUGGACAGAUGAAGAAGCCUCUUCGUGAUAUCCUCCGGGAUAUCUCCCGCAGAUCAAAGGCCAAUGUUGAUAUGCGCGGUGGCCCCGGUGGCUCAAUCAUUUUCGAAGGAAAGGGCUCCGUAGAUGCAGUGCGCCAGGCUCUCCGCGAGGUAGCUCAGCAGGUUGGAUCUAAGCAAUCCGUCCGUGUUCCCAUUCCCACAUCUGCGCGCGCUCACAUCAUUGGCCGUCAAGGUACCGUUGUGCAGGAUAUCCAGACCCGCACCGGUGCCCGUGUUCAGGUCCCCCGCGCCGACGGCAACGCUGCUGGUGCCGACGAUGAUGACGAUGAUACCAUUGAUAUUUUGAUUGAGGGAGAUGCCGUGGCCGCGGAGAUGGCCCGUCGCGAGAUCGAGGCGAUUGUUAAGGAGCGCGGCGCAAACAUGAGCUUCCGAUUGAAGACCGUUCCUCCCGAGUUCUUCCCCUUCAUUGCAGGUGCACAUGACGCCAACGUGCGGUCCAUUGAAGAGCGCACAAAAGCGCAGAUCAAUGUUCCGCGCUAUGAUACUUGGUCGAGCCAGCCUCCUCCUCAGGAGGCCAACCCUGGCCAGGUCCAGUUCGUGGCCGUGCCUGAUAAGCACAUUUUGAUUUCCGGAGAACGGGCUGCCGCACAGGAGGCUCGAGCCGAGAUUGAGCGCUUGGCCGCACAAUUGCAGCAGCAGCUUACUCUGCGCCAGCUGGCCAUCAACCGUGGCCAGCACCAGUUCAUCCUGGGCAAUGAGGCUGAUGCUCUGCACCAGUUCGUUGCACAGACCGGAUGUGCCAUUGUCUUGCCUCCUGCCUCCGAUGAGAGUGAGUUCCUCACCAUCACCGGUCCCCUCGACCAGAUCGAGGCUGGUAUUGAACACGCUAUGGAUCUUGCGACAAGCAUGCAGAUGGCUAGCAUUGAUCUGUCUCGCCAGCACCCCAAUGCCCCCGCCGGUCCCAAUGCCCACGCAAGCGCUCUCUCGCAGUACCUCCGUCGCCGUCAGGUCAUCAAGGAACUCGAAUCCACCUACGAUGCGCACAUUGCGCUUCCUCCUAGCGUUGGCGGACCCGUCACUUGGGAGGUGUAUUCCCGUGACGGCAAGAACACCAUUCGUGCCCGCUCCGAUAUCAUGAACCUAGUCCAGGCUCUCCCGCCUUCUAGACUCCGCCACGUCUCUGUAGACCCGUACUUCCACCAGUACCUGCGUGACCGAAGCGCCAGCGCCCUCCAGCAUGACUAUGGUGUCCACCUUAUGGUGCCGGAUGACAUCAACUGCCCCGAGGUUGUUCUUGUCUACGAAGGCCCCUCCGCAACUGCCUCCCGCUUUGAGGUCCCCAGACAGCGCCCUUCCCCCGCAGAUGUUGCAGCCUUCGAGAAGGGACUUCAAGAGGCCCAGGAAUUCCUCCUGGGCGCUCUCGGAGACCAGCAUGACAUUGUUACCAAGACGGUUUCCGUCCCUGCCAAAUACCAGGAGAAGGCACGUAAAUUCAUCACCCGCGAGCAGGAAGCUAAGGGCGAGGACAGCAUCCCUGUGCGUGCCAUUGUUGGGGAUGCCAAGGGUUCUCAAUGCCAGGUUUCCCUUCGUGGUCCCUCGGCCCUGGUGGCUGAACUUGUUGCCAAAGUGGAGGCUUUCGUCGUGGAGCAGGAGAAGGAUGAUCUGGAGCGUGGUUACACCACUAGCUUCGACUUCCCUCAGAAGUAUGCCAACUUCCUAAUUGGCAAGCGUGGUGAAAACAUCAACAAGCUCCGCGAGGAGUUCGAUGUUGAUAUCAAGGUGGAGAACGGGAAGGUCGAGGUCAAGGGACCCAAGGCCAAGGCGGAUGCUACCCGCAUGCGCAUCAUCAACAUGGGCAAGAAGUUGGAAGAUGAGACCACUCACAUUCUCAAGGUCCCCGCCCAGUACCACCGUGAGCUGAUCGGCCAGCGCGGAAACCAGGUCAACCGUCUUCAGGAUCGUUAUUCCGUCCGUGUUCAGUUCCCCCGCGCAACCGUUGCCAAUGAUGACUCCACGGAAACUGGCAGCGAUGCUGGUGGUGCUCGUCCCCAGCGUACUCAGCAGGCUCCGGAUGAGGUCCUCGUUAAGGGCCCUAGUAAGGGCGCCGAUUCUGCUCGGGAUGAGAUCCUCAGCUUGCUGCAAUAUGUCAUUGAACACGGCCAUUCCGCCGCCAUCUCUGUCGCCCAGAGCCAGGUCGCAUCCCUGAUCGGCCAGCGUGGUCGGGAGAUGGACAAGCUUCGCGCUGAUACCGGUGCUCAGAUUGAUGUUCCUAACGCCAACGACGCACCGGAUGCGUCUGGCCGUGUGGAGAUUCGUGUCAAGGGUACUAAGCAGCAAGUUGCCGAGGCCAAGAAGAUCUUGCAGCAGCGAGCUAGCGAGUUCGAUGCGACUGUGACUAAGACCAUUGAGGUUGAGAAGAAGUACCACAAGGCUUUGAUCGGUGGAGGCGGUGCCAACAUCCGCAAGAUUGUCACCGACGCUGGUGGCCCCACUGAUGGUAGCGCCGCUAGAAUGGUCCGUUUCCCCCGUCCAGAAAGCACCGAAUCGACUAUCCGCCUCGAGGGCAACGGCAAGAUCGUGGAGAGCAUCAUUGCCGCGAUUGAAGAAUUUGUCAAGGAGCGCCAGGACCAGGUCACGGAGACCAUCGACGUUCCCACCGCCCAGCACCGCAUGCUCAUCGGCCGUGGAGGCGACAACCGCCGUGGCAUUGAGUCCAAAUUCAACAUUACCCUUGAUAUCCCCAAGCAGGGCUCUGGCCGUACCGAUGUGAAGCUCAAGGGCCCCAGCAAUGCCGUCGAAAGCGCCAAAGAGCACCUCAAGUCCAUGCUGAAAGAGCAGCACGCGGAGACCGUCGAGGUCCCCAGCCACCUGCACCACGUCCUCGCCGACAAUGGCCACAUCUUCCGCCGCCUACGUAACGACUACCAGGUUACCGUCGACCACGCCGGCCAGCCCGUGCCCGUGCCUGCCCCCUCUGCCGCUGAGGACACCCGCACCACAGCUGAAGGCACCGACAUGCCCCUAAUCAUUGAUGACCCUGAUGUCACCGCCGAUGCACACUCCUGGACCAUCGUCGACAACAACACCGCGGAAGUCUCCUCAAGCCCCUUCCCCUGGGUUCUCAGCGGAACACCGGAGAACGUGACCAAGGCCCGCGCCGUCAUCGAGAAGGCUCUCGCCUCCGCAACCCAGCAGUCCACUACGGGCUACCUGAUCCUGCCCGACCCCAAAACCUACCGCUUUGUCGUUGGCCAGGGCGGCAGCCAGAUCAACGCUAUCCGUAAAAAGACUGGUUGCCGUAUCAACGUGCCCAAGGACCAGGCUCGCGGUGAAGCGAUUCAGAUUCGGGGUAGCACCAGCGGGUUGGAAGAGGCCAAGGAGAUGAUCCUGGAGGCCGUGCAGAACGGUCUUCACGGCGCUGCGCGAUGA